CGCGGCCCAAGGUCCCCAAGACGGCCCAAGAGGCUUUAAAACGGCCCGAGAGGGCACCAAGAUGGCCCCAACGGCUCAAGCCGUUGUUGGCUCAAGUCGCGAUUGCAGUCUCUCGAGCCACAAGUUUUGCCAGCAUCAACCAGCACGCGCGAGGCACUGGCACCAAUGACAUCAAGUGACACCAACGCCCAAUCGCGCUACAGCGGCGCCCUAUUUCUCCUAGUUGCAGCUUAUGUGCUCUGCGUCAUAGCCGGCGCUGCCGGAGCUUACACUUGCGUCAACGACCAGGACUCCAUGGAAGAGUUUGUUUAUUGGUUGAUGGAGGUUGCUGCCUACUCGCCUGUUGGUUUGAUGGUGGCUUGGGUCUUGGCCAAUCAGCGCCGCUUCAAUUUCGAUCUGCCCCUUCACAAGUGGACUUGGCGAUAUGGCAUCACAAGCGCCCUAGUGGCGGGAACAGCUCCGUUUUUCCCGUGGCUCUUCUUGUGCCACCCUGGCUACCCCGCCCAAGUCGCACACACUGUCCACGGUAAUGGGUACUUGUUCGGCAAAGUCGUGUCUUGGUUUCUCGUGGAGCAUAAGCUCAGGGUACUCGGGAGUAAGCGGCUCGCGAAUCUUACUCGAGUCUACGCGAUCUGCAACGGAGUGCUUUGCCUUCCUAUCCCACUCAUACUCUUCAUGCCCGAGACGCUCUCUUUAUCGCCAGCGCAGAGCGACUUCCUCAUGAUGGCCAUUUGGUACGGAACCAUGGUCACGGGCGGCAUGGCUUUCGGCAUCACUUUCGGUUUGCUGGCGUUGCGCGCCGCGCGCGGGCUUCGCUCUUCCAACAAGGCCAAGAAGAAUGCAGCAAAGUGGGUUGCUUUAACAGCAGUUGUUUUCAUGGGCUCGUUCACAAGCUUCGGCGUAAGCUUUUACUCGGUCUGGGCGUGGGGCCCCGGCCCCGGCUGGGUGGCGGCCUUUUUCGUCGACACCACGCUCGAUUGCAUCAGCGUGGUGGUCUUCUCAGGUCUCGUCGGGCCACCUGGGCUCCGGCGCUUGGCGCGCGAAGCGUUUUCGGCAAUUAACACUUACGACGACGACCACCUGCAAUCGUUCUACGAAGGUUUCUUGAAGUAUCUCGAUGAUGCGCAGAUCAAAUGGGUGCGGUGCGGCUUCUUGCGCCAGCUUGCCCAAAGUGGACGGUUGCUAAUGCGCUGUCAGGACGUCCCGGCUUCCGAGACAAUCGUUGGCAGUGUUGGUUUUCCACGUUCUAGGACCGAUGGGAAGGGCCGAUUCGUGUGUUCACAUCCUUGGCUCUCCAAGUGGCAUCCAGACCCCGCUGGCGUGAAACUGCGCACACUUGUUGAACAGCUAGACAAGCUGAGCGCCUGCGACGACGAUGCCGUCUUCAUGGACUUCAUCAGCAUACCGCAACACGACUUCCAGAACCCCGAAUUGCGAUUGUUGGAUAGCCAAGGUAGCUGGCCCAUGCCAGGCACACACGCAGCCGUUCGCACUCUCGAAGAGGAAACCCUGUUCAGGAAGUCUCUCGGGUCGUUCGAGUUGAUGUACAGCGUUAGCAGCACGCCCGUGAUAGUCUUGCCAAUGAGCGAGUGUCUGGAUGAAGGCUCGUCGCCUUACAUCAACCGUGGUUGGUGCUAUUUUGAGUUUUGUUUGUCUUUGAGCUUCGAGAACAUCUUCAACGCCAACACCUUGCAGUCCGUUUGCAAGUUGUGCGACGACGUCAAUGCAGAGGAAGGCGACACAGUUCAGGGGUUCCGCGUAGCUUUUUCAAGCAAGGUGUUCACGGACAGCGGGGAUAGGGAUUUUGUCAAGAGUUUGUUCGAGAACACCUUGGCGCGUAAGGUGAUCUAAAUCGGAUUACGAUUGUUGGCAGCGACGGUGCCGGCAGUGGCCGAUGCCCACACGACAGCAGACCUUUGCAUGGCAUCACCGAACGCGCCUGGGGGCAGAGCCUCCUACAUUCGAAAAUCAGGAAGAAAUGCCUUGGUACAUCUGGCUCGCAAGUCCAAUAAUCCUUGCGGACUUCCAACAUGCUGUUUUUCCUCGAGCCUCUGAGAUGCCCAGAUUAGUUUGUAGUGCAAGUUCGGGGGCAGGGACGUCACGAUGAGAAGGCGCCAGAUCGGACGCAGUGCCAGGCCCAUCACAUACGGGACAGAUUUUCCAGUGCGGGACGUGCACGAUGAUUCGGCGACAGGCUUGAAUCCUGAGUGUACUUCUGGCGUGCCUGAUCCAUUUUGUGUGAGACCGUUUCUUUGCCUUAUAUAUAUAUAUAUAUGGUCGCCCCCCCUCCUAUGAUCUACCUAAGCCUCUUUGCG